GAUCCCAAAAGUCAGUUACCAUUUGAAGAAAAAUGGCCAUCUAUGCGGCCAAUAAUAUUGAAAUUAUUGAAACAAGAGCCAGUAACUCAAGGAGAAUGGCAGGAUUUAUUUUAUUCCAUUUACACGGUCUGUCUUUGGGACGAAAAAGGCGCUCAAAAAAUGCGAGAUGCUUUAAAAGAAGAUAUUAUGGACUUUAUAAAACAAGCACAACAACGAGUCUUAGCACAUCAAGAAGAACAAGCACUGCUAAAAGCCUACAUACAAGAAUGGAGAAAAUUUUUCACCCAGUGUAAUUAUCUACCGACACCUUUUCGUCAAUUAGAAUCAUCAUUAGCCGGAAAAACUAGCAGUGGAGGUUCUGGUGUGCAGAAAAAAGCUCAAGCUGAGGAAAGCCUCGUUAGAAAAAUGAUGUUAGAUAGUUGGAAUCAAAGUAUAUUCAUCGAUAUAAAACAGAGACUACAAGACUCAGCAAUGAAACUAGUGCGAGCCGAAAGAAAUGGAGAAGCAUUUGACUCGCAAUUAGUAAUAGGUGUACGUGAGUCAUAUGUAAAUCUUUGUUCGAAUCCCAACGAUAAACUGCAGAUUUAUCGGGAAAAUUUUGAAGCUGCGUACAUCGAAACUACUCAGUCAUUUUACUGGAUAAAAGCACCAGAGCAGUUACACGCACACGGUGUCGAGCACUACAUGCGUUACGCGGAAGCUAAACUUCGGGAAGAAGAACUACGUGCACAAAAGUAUUUAGAACCCAAUAGUUCCAGUGUACAAUUAUUGACAGACUGCUGUGUCAAAGUACUCGUAGCGACUUUUAAAGCUGCUAUUUUAGGGGAAUGUCCGCGA